GAUGGUCACACCCGACCCGACAAACUGCUCACAUCAUUUGUUUACAUUUUUGGAAUGAAAGUUCAUUUUGAUUUCGUCGAAAAUAGAAAGAAAGUGAAUAGCAAACAAUCAUGAACGGCGAUUGGAUGCCCUUAUUAUUCUGCGGGCUCUCCAUACCCAUCUCACUUUUUAUGUGGUUGGGCAAUGUGGCAUUCUCGAAAUUCUGGAGCGCCGGCUUCGAAGAACCCGCAGUCAUACCACCUACCCGGUGGCUGUUCUCGACCUUGGCCCCGCUGGCCCUGAUGACGGUGGCGCUGCGACGUCGCUCGGUGAGCAAAUCGGGAGCUGCUUUAGGCAUAAUUGUUGCCUUUACGCUAUCGAUAGCGAGUCAUCCGUUCUUCGCCAGUUUAGUGGUGUUCUUCUUCAGCUCGUCGCGUGCCACCAAAUUUCGAGCACAGCUAAAGCGAAAGUUCGAGCACGACUUCAAGGAUGGCGAAGGACAACGCAACUGGGUGCAAGUGCUCUGCAAUGGCGGCAUGGCCACGCAGCUAGCGCUGCUUUAUCUCAUCGAUUGUGGCAGCGGUGAACGGGCCAUUGACUUUGCCAAAGAGUAUCGCUCCAGUUGGCUAGGCAUUGCUGUAAUGAGUGCGUUUGCCUGUUGCAACGGCGACACUUGGAGCAGCGAACUGGGCAGCGUGCUCUCCUCGCGGGAUCCCGUCUCCAUCAUCAGUUGGCGUCGGGUGCCACGUGGCACCAAUGGCGGCGUCUCGCUCAUUGGAAUCGCUGUCAGUUUGCUGGGCGGCUUACUCGUUGGAUUCGGCUAUUUUGUAACUGUGCGCUAUACUGUGGAUGCCAAAAUGCUGUUGGUUAGUCCACCGCAAUGGCCCAUCAUUUUGUUUGGUGGCUUGGCUGGACUCUUUGGCUCACUGUUGGACUCUUUGCUUGGCGGCAUGCUGCAAUACUCGGGCAUCAAUGCGCAGGGCAAGAUUGUGGAUGCGCCCGGCAAGGGAGUGCGUCAUGUGAGCGGAUUGCGCAUUCUGGACAAUCACAGCGUCAAUCUCAUCUCCAGCAUUGUUAUGGGCGUCACCAUGCCGUUGCUGGCACUCAAGUUUUGGCCUGUGCGCUAAUUGGGCGACCACUUUCAGUUAACAUGAAUGGACUUUAAUGCAAUGCAAACGAUAGACUCGAACCACUCAACAACGAUUAGAUCAAAUUGCAACACUCGCAAACUAUUUACUAAAACAUUAGACUAAGUCAUCGCAUCUUGUAACUAAACAAACAAACAUAAUACCUUCUAACAUUCUCAUGUCUGUGUGAUGAAACGCUUCAGCUGUAGUUUGAUCACAGAUCCUUAGCUCAGCUGAAGUGUCGCCUCUAUAAUAAUUGUUCCAUCUUUAAUAUACUUCAAGUAUAUCAUUUGUUUUCGA